CGACGUCAGUUGUUAUGUCUCGGCCCGGGCAGGGGCCCCCAGCUGAUCUGCUGCUGCCGAGGCGACUGCCGCGGCCUCGCGAGGUGGCCGGGGAGUCGGGGACGGCGGCCGCAACCCGCGCCGCCCAUCUGAGCGGGGCGGGCGCUCCGUGGCUAGGAAACCGCCCCGGGGCCGCCCAGGGAGCCGUCUCGGGCCUAUUUUUGCUUUUCUUCUUCAGGACCGUCGGCCCGCGCGCCCUAUUUCUCUCUGCAGGGACCGCGACGCCCCCUCCCGGGCCGGGCCGCGGUGCCCGUCCGCCUGAAAGGCGCCGCCCGCCGGCCUGAGAGAACCUGGAGCCGCCGUCCCCGUGCCCGCCGCGCCUCUCGCGGAGCCUGGGCGGCCCGCGGGGCCUGGGGCCUGGGCGCUGGGCGCGGCGCUGCGGCGGCCGCUCCUCCCCGUGCUGGGCCCGGGGCCUGGCCGGGCCGAGCGCCGCGCCCUCCUGACCGGCCGGCGGCCGCCGCCGGCCGGCCCCAACCGCCUCCCGGGCUCGCCGCCCCACCGUCCCCGGCCUCCCGCCAGGACCCCGCUUCCUUUGUGGAUCUGAAUGAUUUGGGGGGGCCUCCUCCCUCCCUCUUGAGAUUACGGUGCCGGAAGGCCGACCCGCCACCUCGGUCAGUGCCCCCCGCCCGGGUAACGUCCCUCGUUUUGUUCCUCCCCGCCGGCGCUCCCCGCCCCGCUCCUUUCGGUGUUUGACUGAUGGGUUUUUUUUAGUUUUUUCCCUUUAUUUUUCUCGUCUCCUGACUGGAAGGCCCCGCGCGAGGCUCUGCGCCCGGGCCCCUCCUCGUCCUUUCCUCACCCUCGCGCAAAUAGCCAAACCCCCAGCCCCCCGGCCGGCGAUGGCGCGACAGUGAGGGCGGCGAGGCCGGACCACGCUGGGACAGUGCCCGCGCCCCGGCAGGCGUGAGCACACACUCCCCCGCUCUGCGCCCCUCUUUUUCGUCUUCCGAGCUCUCUGAGAAGAGAGAAGACGCAGGGGAAGAUGUGGCUGAAGCUCUUCUUCCUGCUCCUCUAUUUUCUGGUCCUGUUCGUCCUGGCCAGGUUUUUUGAGGCCAUUGUGUGGUAUGAAACUGGCAUCUUUGCCACCCAACUGGUGGAUCCGGUGGCGCUGAGCUUCAAGAAGCUGAAGACCAUUCUGGAGUGCCGGGGGCUGGGAUAUUCAGGGCUGCCCGAGAAAAAGGAUGUCCGGGAGCUGGUGGAAAAGUCAGGUGACUUGAUGGAAGGUGAGCUCUAUUCUGCACUCAAGGAAGAAGAAGCAUCUGAAUCCGUUUCUAGUACCAAUUUCAGUGGUGAAAUGCACUUCUAUGAGCUUGUAGAAGACACAAAAGAUGGCAUCUGGCUGGUUCAGGUCAUAGCAAAUGACAGAAGUCCCUUGGUUGGUAAAAUCCACUGGGAGAAAAUGGUGAAAAAGGUGUCAAGAUUUGGAAUACGAACAGGCACUUUUAAUUGUUCCAGUGACCCCAGAUACUGCAGGAGAAGAGGCUGGGUACGAUCCACACUCAUUAUGUCUGUCCCACAAACAAGCACUUCUAAAGGGAAAGUCAUGCUUAAAGAAUAUAGUGGACGCAAAAUUGAAGUAGAACACAUUUUUAAGUGGAUAACUGCUCAUGCAGCUUCUCGGAUCAAAACCAUUUAUAAUGCUGAACAUUUGAAAGAAGAAUGGAAUAAAAGUGAUCAAUAUUGGGUAAAAAUAUACCUAUUUGCAAACCUUGACCAACCCCCAGCUUUCUUCUCUGCACUAAGUAUAAAGUUUACUGGAAGAGUUGAGUUUAUUUUUGUUAAUGUGGAAAAUUGGGACAACAAGAGUUACAUGACAGAUAUUGGUGUAUAUAACAUGCCAUCAUACAUUCUUAGAACUCCUGAAGGAAUUUACAGAUACGGAAACCACACAGGUGAAUUUAUAUCCCUUCAGGCCAUGGAUUCAUUUUUGCGCUCAUUGCAACCUGAAGUAAAUGAUCUGUUUGUUUUGAGCUUGGUUCUAGUUAAUCUUAUGGCUUGGAUGGACUUAUUUAUCACACAAGGAGCAACCAUAAAGCGAUUUGUGGUUCUCAUAAGCACUUUAGGGACAUAUAAUUCUCUAUUAAUUAUUUCCUGGCUACCUGUGUUGGGCUUUUUACAGCUCCCUUACUUAGAUAGCUUUUAUGAAUAUAGCUUAAAAUUAUUGAGAUACUCCAAUACAACCACACUGGCUUCAUGGGUAAGGGCAGACUGGAUGUUCUAUUCUUCACACCCGGCCCUGUUUCUCAGUACGUACCUUGGACACGGUUUACUAAUCGAUUACUUUGAGAAGAAGAGACGGCGCAACAACAACAAUGAUGAAGUCAAUGCCAAUAACUUAGAAUGGUUAUCAAGUCUGUGGGACUGGUACACCAGCUACCUCUUCCACCCGAUUGCUUCUUUUCAGAACUUUCCUGUAGAAUCUGAUUGGGACGAAGACCCUGACUUAUUCUUGGAGCGGUUAGCUUUCCCUGACCUUUGGCUUCACCCUCUGAUACCAACUGAUUACAUAAAAAAUUUGCCAAUGUGGCGAUUUAAAUGUCUUGGAGUCCAGUCUGAAGAGGAAAUGUCAGAGGGUUCUCAAGAUAUUGAAAAUGACUCAGACAGUGAGAGCACAGACACUUUUAGCAGUGAAAAGGAAGUAUUUGAAGAUAAACAAAGCAUAGUUCACAAUUCUUCAGGAAGAGCAAGUCACUGUGAUACUGAGGCUUGUUCAUGUGCCAAUAAAUAUUGUCAGACCAGCCCAUAUGAAAGGAAGGGGAGGUCAUAUGGAUCAUAUAAUGCUAAUGAAGAUAUGGAACCUGAUUGGUUAGCUUGGCCUGCUGAUAUGCUGCACUGUACUGAAUGUGUUGUUUGCCUAGAGAAUUUUGAAAAUGGAUGUUUGCUAAUGGGGUUGCCUUGUGGUCAUGUGUUCCAUCAGAAUUGCAUUGUAAUGUGGUUGGCUGGGGGCCGACACUGUUGCCCUGUUUGCCGGUGGCCUUCUUAUAAAAAAAAGCAGCCAUAUGCACAACACCAGCCCUUGUCAAAUGAUGUCCCAUCUUAACCAUGUGCAAUUUGUCCUUUAUAAGCUUUGAGUAUCUUACAGCUUGCCUUUUUAAUGUUAGUCACAAUGUUUUUGUGGUUUGAAGUUUAGUUUAAUGUCAGUGCAGUGACAGGAAAUACACAUUAUGCUAAUGUUGAUAAUUACUUGGUUGCCUUGUGUGUCAAUUGAAUGCAUACUUAAUUGUAAAAAUUUUUAUUUACAACAUUGGAAAUUCAGAAGUUAAUGUUUUUUGUAAGCACAAAAGAAGUAUGAUAGAAAUUUAUCCUAGCAAGACUUUACAAGGUAGGAUCAAAUUCUAAUGGAAUUGAGGCAGUUUCUUAUCCUAAAUGUUUCCUCCCUUUUUACAAUCUCUGUCCAGCACCUCUUGGUUAAAUAAUGUAUGCUCUGAGACAUGAAAUUAAAACAGACCUAUGAAAUAAAUUAUUUUAAAACCAGAAGAUUA